UUUGUAAGUUAUUAUUGAAACUGUUGUAUUUUUUGUGUCGAGCUAUUAAAAAUAUUAAUUAUAAUUAAGUGAAUUUUAAAAGCCUCAAGAAUCGGUGAGUGCUGAAUUGUAUCUAUUGAAAUGGAAUGCAUUUCAAGUAUGUGUCAGCGGUUUACUUGGACUAUGCUUUUUUUGCUAGCAAUUAUUUUUCACAUAAAAACAACGGUAUCCCAUUCUGAUGGAUACUUUACCAUGACAGAUCAUGAUUCGCCCACGGUUUCACCGAAAUUUUUAUCGCGUGGACAUUUAUAUAAAGUAAUCGUAGGCGAAACCAUAGAAUUACCAUGUAAAGUUCAAAACCUGGGAUCAUUUGUUCUAUUAUGGCGAAAAGGCUCUUCGGUUUUAACUGCGGGCCACUUGAAAAUCACCAGAGAUCAAAGAUUUAAAAUUGUUGGAGACUACAAUUUACAAAUAACAAGCGUUAAAACGCAGGAUGCAGGCGACUAUAUAUGUCAACUUGGGGAUCAAGAAAAUCGUGAUCAAGUCCAUACGGUCGAAAUUUUAGUACCACCAACACUUCGUGCUUUGCCUCAUAAUGGUCAAGUAACAGCUCGGAAGGGCAGCACUGUCACUUUAGAGUGCAAAGCUUCGGGAAAUCCAGUGCCCACAAUUUACUGGUUUAAAAAAGAUGUAUUUUCGGGCCCUACUCAUCUAUCGGAUAGCUCAACUUUAAUAUUGGAAAACGUAGAUAGACAUCAUGCUGGAAUUUAUCAAUGUUCUGCUGACAAUGGUGUUAAGGAACGAGUUUCAAUGGAUAUACAGCUAACUAUUUUAUCUCCACCUGAAAUAACUGUGGAAAAGUCCUGGGUGCAUGCAGCGGAAGGUCAUGAUGUGGAGCUUGCAUGCAUAGUUCAUGGCGAUGUAAACUCUGAGAUGCUGUGGUAUCAAAACUCGUUUUUAUUAGAUCCUACGGACAGGAGGGCAAUGCAAGCAAUUGAUGAUAAAUAUACCUUAAUAAUCAAGAAAUUUCAGCCAUCUGAUUUUGGAAAUUACAGCUGCGUUGCCGAUAAUGCGUUGGGAAGAACGAAAAAAUAUAUUGAAGUAUCUGGUCGUCCGGGCCCAGCGAAUUUCAUAUCUCCCGCUUUAAGUGGAUACCUUGAUCAUUACAAUCUAACCUGGACUAUUGAAUCCUUACCCCCACUUGACGAAAUAAAACUUUUAUAUAGACGACUAUUGAUGAAUGAAACGUAUCAGCACCCAGGGAAAUGGCAUGAAAAUCAUAUAAAUCCAACGUUAAUCCGAUUUGAUAACACUCAUUUCAUUAUGUCACAUGUAAUAAAAAAUUUGGAGCAUAAUGCGGUAUAUGAGGCCAUUGUACAAGCUAAAAACAAAUAUGGCUGGAAUGAGAUUAGUGACAUUCAUCAGUUUUACACCAGAAAUCACGACCUACUUCUCGACCUAGAUAUGGAAUACAAAAUGGGAAUCUCCAAUGGAACAGGAUAUUCGUCUGUAUACAUUGUUUUAAAGGGGGUAAUUGCUUGUCUUUUUUUUCUAAUUUUUUAAAGUUUUUUAAGAAACUGAAUACUUUACUAUUCAUUAAGAAAAUGUGCCUUAUGCUUUAGUUAAAAAUUUCAUUUUAAAUUCAUAUCAAUUUUUUCGCUUAACUUCGUUAUUUUAUUUCACUUCCUCAUAAUUCUUUAAGUAGCAACUUACAAACUUCGUCCUAUAAUUGGAUAAAUUCCUAGUAAACAUUUUGUCGUCCAAGAAAAAUGUAGUGCAUUGUAUAAUGGUCUCUUUGAAUCGUUAUCUUAAACGUUGGAAGAACUGGUGUCGGAUUUUCUAAAUUAUUUGAGACGAAUGUCCAAAUUAUAAUUAUUAUUAAAUAAUUAUUUAUGAAAUAGAUCUUUCUCAACACACCAAAUUUUUCGAAAGGCAAAAAUUAUUAUUGGGUAAUGGUUAAUACUAUAACUACUUAGAGAGAUUAAACAAGCGUCAAAUAUUACGCAUAUGCAGUCAAGGUAGGAUGACCGCAAACGUUCUCUCCUCCACCUUACUUAGCAUUUACACUAAAUGGUAAUGCCUUGGCAUUUGAAAAUACGCACACAUUUCCGCCCAAGGUGGAUCUUUUAGAGGUGGUAGUAGUAGGCCAGCUGAUUUGUUUUUUUUUUCGCCGUGGACCUGCGGAUAUUAGCACAUAAUUGAAUUACAAAACGUAUUAUUUACAUCCAAAUUUGUAAUUUCAUAAUUGAAAUUUUGUAAUGAAUAUAAAUUCAAAAGGAUUUUUAUAAAAAAAUUAAGUAAUGAGAAAUUGCGCAAUUUGUUUAAAAAAAGACUAGAGUAAUCAGAACGGUUGAAGAAGUUCAGAUCAUGCCAAACACAACUUAAAGGCAAUGAUUUCAUUUGUGGGGACCACUUUUCACGUGCAGAUAUAGUAUGCUCAGGUACAAAGUCCAAAUUACUGACAAACACCAUUCUAUCGUCCAUCGUAUGAUUCUAUUUCUAACUGCAUGCCGGCCGUUGAACGUAAUAUUCCCGGCGACAAAGGUUUCUAUUUUGCACAAUCAAUUUAAUGAGAAUGCUUGAUAAUAGCAUAUGUGUAUAUUUAUAAAUGGCAGGCAAUGGCAAACAUCCGAGUGUAUUUCUGCCAUGAAAAAGUUCCUCAUAAAAAAUAUCUGCCGUUCGGAGUCGGCUUAAAACUGUAGGUACCUCCAUUUGUAAAACAACAUCAAGACGCACGCUACAAAUAGGAGGAGAAGCUCGGCCAAAAAAGCUUGUAAGCACUAAUUAUAUAUAUAUAUAUAGGUAAAUAUGUAUACAUAUAUGCAUAUAUAUAUAUAUAUAUAUUUAUAAAUGUUAUAUUAAUAAUUAUAUUUUGCCUUCACAAAUAAAUCGCUUCUUUGUUUUCUACUUUGACCCGACAUUACAAAAUGUUGCUUUUGGCCUAGUACCACGUCCUUUAAUGAAUUCGCCUUGUUUCCACCAUAAUUUUCUAGACUACUUUCCGUAAAACUUUGGAGUCAGUAGAGUAGGCAGUGGUGUGUAUUUAGGAACUAAAUUGGUUAUUAUGGUAAUUUUCAAAAAUCGGUAGAAAUUUGUGGCACGCGUUUUUAAUGUUGUUCCGCAAAUGGCAGAUAGUUUUUGAUUAGGAGCUUUUUCAUGGCAUAAAUACGGAUGUUUCCUUUUACCUGUCGAGUAGCGUUCGCUGCUAGAAAAAAUAGUUUCUUUCAUUUGCUGAUUCAAGCACAGAAACUCAAAUAUGUGCCCUUGGGAAUUUUCAAUUAGCUUGCAGUGAGCUACAUCAUAAUGAUCAUUUUCAAGGUAUAGUGAUCAUUUCAAGAUUUUGGGGAUUAAUACAUUGGAGCUACUGUUUAGUGUAAUAGUGGUGUUAUGAACCAGAAUUGCAGAUUUUUCGAAUCUGUAGAACGUGUCAGCCGAUGUGCAUAUGAUAUAUCUAAUGAGAGUGUCAUGAAAUUCAAAACUUGUGAACGCAGACCCGUAGAGAGAUAAAAACUGAUUGCGUUUAUCUAGACAAGGUUGCCAGCUUACACUUAUCGAAUCUAUCUAAUAUAUACCUGUUUUUGUUUUGUUUUGACAAAAUCGCGAAAGUGUCAAACGAUCAGCUAAUUUUUAAUAUUUUUAUUCGCAAAAUGGUAGUACGUAAUAGAAUUAAUUAAUUUAAUAAUUAAUAUAUUUCGUUGUUAAAAAUAAUUUGUUCACUAAACAAAGAUGCAUACGAACGGCUAUCAAUGUUUAAAAAUAAAUUAAUAUGACAACAAAUUAAAUCCAAAUUCCAAUGGAACAAAUAGACAUUUAGUAGCUUAAAAUAAAAGUCAUUGAAAUUUGAAUUCGACUCGGUGCUUGUAUUCAACAAUUUUUUCUAAAAUUCUUACCACCGUGGGUCUAGAUACAUAUACAUAUAGAUAUUUCAACAGCUGCAACAAAAUUGUUUUGCUAAUAAUUUAAUUAUGUUCCAAGAAAAGUGACAAACAAUAUUCUUCUCUCAAAGAUAGGUCUAAAUUGAAACCUAUUUUACCUCGUGUGAUAGUUUUUGAUUCACUAAGGCCGCAAAGGGAAAUGUUAAAGACGUUUUGAUGGUAUUUCUUUUAUGUGGUGGUAUUUCUUUUAUUUAUUACUAUGUAUGACCGCAAUUCUUUACAAUUACAUCGAAAAUGCGACUUGGAAUAGUCAUAAAGUGAUUGAAGGUAGUUUAGGAAAAGCAAAACCACCUUAAUCAUUUGAAUUAAUGAAUUUUAUUUGCAAACUGUUUGCUUCUCUCAUACACUUUUCUUUCACUGUCGCAAGCUGUUAUGGGAAGACUUAAUAUAAUAAUGAAGAAAUUAUAUUUAUUUAUUUGGGCAGUGACUUUGAAAUCUUUGUUUUUGGCCUUUCCUCGGACUUCCUAUUGCAAAAUUCCCAGGCAAAUUGAGUAUAUAAGGUGGCGCCAUUAAAAAACAGUUACUUCAUUUUUCGCGAUGUUGAGAAGUCUGACAUCAAUACAAAAUAAACACAAGUAGGAGAAAUUUGAUGUUUGUGAAAAUUCAGCUUGGUAAUAUUGUGAUUUCUGAAAUUAAAACUAAGCAAACUAAUGCAAAUGCCGCGCUACGUGUUAAAUUGUUAAAGCACAAAUGAAUACAGUGAGUCAAAAAGUAUUGGCACAUUCGAAAAAUCAAAGUUCUCUGUGCUAUAACUUUUCUUCGAAGGAAAGCAUAAAAAAAUAGAAAGCGGGAUAUUCUAAAUGUAUUUAUUUAUUAGGUAUCUGAAAAAAAAAAAAAAGAAUUUCGACUUAGGUUUACAAACUCUACCGUGAAAGGUAAAGAAGGCACAAAUUCACAUCAAAAAAGUAUUGGCACAUUCUUUAUGUUUGCUUAUGCGUUUGGCGUUAUAACGGUAUACUCUCGUUGUUUUCACUCUUGCUUUUUACUUAUUCGUAAGUUUUAGGAAUUGCAUACGGCUGCACUCACUUUUAAUCGCGAUUUCAACGGGCAUGGAACAAAAUGGGCCGUGGUUCGGAAAUUUCCCUAGAACUACGCCAAUUAAUGAUAAAACUGCAUUUUGAAAAAAAAUCCUACCGCGAAAUUGGCAAACUUAUCGGUAAAUCAUGGUCCAGCGUUUGAAACAUCGUUAAGCAUUAUUGCAAUACUGACAAAAUAGCUCCGGAGAGCAGAUUUCAGAUUAAUUGCCACCACCAACAACAUCUCAACAGUAAGGACCCCUCACGCGUAACACAACUCCCUCAACGACCCACAACCUUCCUGCUCCUAUCCCAGUGCGGGGACAAACCAGCAGCUCUUGGUCCCCGCACAAUCUGCCCCGUGUGUCAGACCAGGUUCCCUCGUAACCUGACAACAGUCUAAUUAAAUUCUUCUAUUGCUAUUGCAACUAAAGUACAGAAUCGCAAGAAGGUUCUCAAGUCGCUCGCCGGCAGCACUUGGGGCAACGACAAGGAAAUGUUGCUGUCGACUUUUAAAGCAAUAGGCCAUCGGGAGACUCUCACCACCUGCUCAAGCUCCCGACCCCUGAAUGCCGUUAUCGGAGUCCAACCAUCACCAAUCGCAGACGAAGAGCUCCAACUUCCCAGAGAGUCUCGCGUAACCUUUGCAUAAUUACGUUCUGGAUAUUGUAGGAGGUUAAACUCCUACUUAUCCAGAAUCGACCCCGACAUACUUAACAUAUGUCCGGCAUGUGACACACGACAUUAACCACCUAUUUGCAAGGCUCAUUAAACCCACUCAUCUAACACCCCUCUCCCUCUGGACCCAACCCGUCGAAACAGCUAGUUUCCUGGGCCUACCGUUAGAUGAGCUAGACGAAGACGAUCGGUGAUUACGCUACACUGACAGGGCAAAGGUACUGCUACAACAACAACAACAGCGAAUUUUGGUAUCCACGGUGGCACAAAAUUCAAAAACUUCGGCUGUAAAAUUGUGCGCGACCCUGCAAAAUUCAUUUGAAAUCAAUUUCAUCCCCCAAACUGUUCGGAAUACCCUAUAUAAGGAUGGGUGUCAUGGCCGGGUUCCUCGACGCAAACCCUUCAUUUCGAAGGUAAAUAAGAAAAAGAGGCUAGAAUUUGCUAAACAGCAUUUCAAUAAGCUCAACGCUUUUUAGAACACCACCAUAUUUAGUGAUGAAUCAAAAUUUGAAAUCAAAAAUAUUUGGCGAAAGCCAAAUAAAGAGCUUCAAAAGAACAAUCUGCUUAAAACAGUUAAGCAUGGGGGAGGAAAUGUGAUGGUUUGGGGGUGUUUCGCAGCAUCUGGUGUCGGAAGACAAUCGAUAAGCAUGUGUAUCCCGUCAUUAUUAAAGAAAAUUUAAGUCCAAGUGUCGAAAAACUGGGCCUUAAUGGACAACUUAGCAAUUUCAACAAAAUAAUGAGCCAAAACAUUCAUAAAUCUUAUUGAGCAUGUGUGACAUCUUCUGGAACGGAAGAUACUAUCUCACCACAUAAUAGCAAAGGAUUCUCUAAAGAGGCAAUAAUUGCUGAAUGGAAUAAAAUAACACCUUCCGAAACUUCAAAUCUGGUAAAUAGUAUGAAGAGACAUUUGCAGGCCGUUAUUCAGUCUAAAUGAGGACAUACAAAUCAGUAGCGCGUUACAGCUUCAAUGGAGCAAACUGAUUACGCUACCUGUGCCAAUACUUUUUUAUGUGAAUUUGUGCCUUAUUUUACCUUUCAAGGUUGAGCUUGUAAACCUAAGUCGAAAUUAAUUUUUUUUUGUUCAGAUACCUAACAAAUAAAUACAUUUAGAAAAUCCCGUUUUUUAUUUUUUUAUACUUUCAUUCGAAGAAAAAUUAUAGCACUGAGAACUUUGAUUUUUCAAUUCGUCACCAGUUAUGGCCCUCUGGAGCAAAUUUGGGUCGUCGCGGACAGAGUCCAACAGCUCAUUAGCAAUGUUCAUGCGAUGCUGCCUUUGGUCGAAAUUGAGCAGUUUUGGUACGAAUUUUGCGGUGUCUCGUCUCAUGCUCAAAUCAUUGAAAAAAAUUAGAAUGGCGUGAGCCAAUCGAUAUGUCUAGGUCCUCAGCAACUUCACACAAAAUUUGAUACAGGUUCUUUGAUCCAUCUUUUUGAAUAGGUAAAAACCGAAGACGAGCCGGAGCACGAGCAGGCAAAGUACCUGUCAACAAUUAACUGAACAUUCAAAAUGGCCGAACUCGUCGACAUGAGGGAGAGACUUGAGUACCAACAUAUCGCCACAAAAAAAUCGAAAUUCGAAUAUACGUAACCUGCGAAAAUUCAAAAUUCGCCAUACUUUUUGAACACACCUCGAAUAUUUUAUUCCGCACACAAUAUUUAAAUACGAGAAUUGGUUUUUCAGUUUUUUAAGACGUAUCCUCAUUUUAUUAUAGUGCUACUAUAGUACAUAAGCUAGAAAAAAUAAAUGAACGAAUUUCCACGAUUUUUGAUCUCGAGACAUUUCGAUUGAGAUAUACAGCUAAUGUGUCCUUAACUUACAUACAUGGUGAAAAGAUCUAGUCGCGGAAGAUUGGCCGUAUGGAAGUACAGAUCUGAAUUCAUUGGACUACAUUUUGUAAUCAGGAUUGGAGAACAUGUCAAAGACCUCACAGAAAUUUGAAGAGUCUGAAACAAACUUUGGUUCGAGCAACGACGUGAAUGUCCAUGUGCGUGUUGCAAUAGCUGAAUAGCCUAAUAGCCAUAUAUCUAUAUAUAGAUAUUUCAUAUCUAUAACGGACUUAAAGCUAAUGGACUGACGCUAAUUUCAUUAAAAAAAAGUAUUAUAAUUUCAUAUCUAUGACGGACUUAACUUGUAACGGAGUUCAAUAGGUAUAUAGAUAUACAUACAUAUGUGUACUGGAAUGGAUUAUCAUUGCAGGUGUGUGAUUUCACCGUGAGCGAUAAAAUUAAUUUAUUGAAAGAAACAUACAUUUGAAAAACGAUUAAUUUUACGAAAUGGACUGACCACUUUUUUUCAAAGGUGAAUUGAGUACUGGAGGUGGCGUCUUCCCAAAACAGUUACUUUAUUUUUCGCGAUUUUGAUAAGUUUGACGCCAAGUCCCUUAACAAUACAAAACAAACAAAAGGAGAAGAAAUUACAUGUUUGUGAAAAUUCAGUGAAUAGCUUGGUAAUAUUGUGAUUUGUGAGAUUUAAACUACAAACUAAUGAAAACGAAGUGAGUUAAAGACUUGAAAGAUAGUUAAGGACUUGCUUGGCUUUGGAAAAAUAUAAAAUUUUUUUUUUUUGAAUUUAAUUUUAGGGUAGUUCUGAACACUAUGUUAAUACUGGACUGACUGCCAACAUAUUUGACAGUCGUAUUUAUACUUAUACCUCAUCUUACUAUUUUAUAUACGCGACUUGUAUAUAUUAGUUUCUUUGUUUGCUGUUUAUCUCUUGUUAUUCUUAAAAUACAUAUGUUUAUCUUCUGAUAUUGACUCUGCACUGUUUUUGGCUUCUGUAGGAAAUCAAAUUGACGAAUAGCCGACGGCAUUUUGCAAGGAAUUUGCUUGUGCAUUUUUAUGUUCCCUUGCUAAACGUAAUUUUAUUCAAUUGAUAUUUAACAAAUUCAAAUGUACAAUCAAAGGAUACAUACAUAUAUUUGAAUUAUAUGCGACAACAUUUAAAAUCAAAGUAGCUUUAAUGUUUGUUGCUUUAAUUUAAAAAGAA